CAUCUGGCAACCCAUCACAGUUCCUUUUAAGCAAAGCUAGGCUACAUCCGUUUCCCCACUGCAUUUCCCAUCACUGCUGGAUAGAUCACAGUAACCCACCGAUCGUCACGCAACAAUAAAGCUGAGGGACUAUAGUAACCAUCUCAGGGGUGUAACAGUGGAGGGAAGGUGCACUCAGCAUGGUCACCAUUCCAGAGUACUACGAAGGAAAAAAUGUGCUCAUCACAGGGGCUACAGGCUUUAUGGGGAAAGUACUUCUUGAGAAGUUGCUACGCUCCUGUCCCGGCGUCAAAGCUGCCUAUGUGCUCGUUCGGCCCAAAGCAGGACAGGCUCCUGAUGCCCGUAUUGCUGAUGUGAUCAAUUGCAAGCUUUUCGACAGACUGCGGGAGGAGCAGCCUGACUUUGCAGAAAAGAUCGUGGCAGUUAACAGUGAACUGACUCAGCCAGAUCUGGACCUGAGCACAGAAGACCAGGAGACUCUUACAGGCUGCAUUAACGUAGUGUUUCACUGCGCUGCCACUAUACGCUUCAAUGAGCCUCUGAAAGAUGCUAUGCAGUUGAAUGUGCUGGCCACGCAGAAGAUGAUAAGCUUGGCCCACAAAAUGAAGCAUCUGGAGGUAUUUAUCCACAUUUCCACAGCUUACGCCCAUUGUGACAGAGAGCUCAUCGAAGAGGUGGUCUAUCCAACACCUGUUGAUUACAGAAAGCUCAUAGACACGCUUGAGUGGAUGGAUGACAAGCUUGUUUCUUUAAUGACACCAAAGCUGUUAGGUGAGCGGCCUAACACAUACACAUACACUAAAGCUUUGGCAGAACAGCUAAUCCAGCAGGAGUGUGGUAAUCUCAAUGUUGCCAUCAUCAGGCCCUCUAUAGUAGGAGCCAGCUGGAAAGAACCGUUCCCUGGCUGGAUUGAUAAUUUCAAUGGGCCCAGUGGAAUAUUCAUCGCUGCAGGGAAAGGGAUUCUGCGAACAAUGAGGGCUUCAAAUAAUGCCGUCGCUGACCUCGUGCCAGUGGAUGUAGUCAUAAACACAACUUUAGCAGCUGCCUGGUAUUCUGGAUCACAGAAGCAUACCAGGCCGAGAAGUAUUUUGGUGUACAACUGCACAACGGGUGGGAUCAACCCAUUUCACUGGGGUGAAGUCGAAUACCAUGUUAUAUCCACUUUCAAGAGGAACCCACUCGAGCAGGCCUUCAGGCGGCCCAAUGUUAAUCUCACAUCCAAUCACCUUAUCAAUCAGUAUUGGAUUGCUGUAAGCCACAAGGCACCAGCAUUCCUUUAUGAUCUCUUCCUCAGGAUGACAGGGAAAGAACCCAGGAUGAUGAAGACAAUCACUCGGUUGCACAAGGCAAUGAUGGUGUUGGAGUACUUCACGAGCCACUCAUGGGUGUGGAACACUGACAACGUCACCAUGCUCAUGAACCAGAUGGGAGCUGAGGACAAGAAGGUAUUUAACUUUGAUGUCAGGCAGUUACAUUGGGCAGAAUACAUGGAGAAUUACUGCAUGGGCACUAAGAAGUAUGUUCUCAAUGAAGAGCUGUCAGGACUUCCUGCAGCACGCAAACACUUGAACAAGCUGCGGAACAUUCGCUACACAUUCAACACCAUCUUGGUCGUUUUUAUCUGGCGCAUCUUCAUCGCCCGUUCGCAAAUGGCCAGAAACAUCUGGUACUUUGUCGUCAGCUUGUGCUUCAAGUUCCUGUCCUAUUUCAGAGCCUCCAGCACCAUGAAAUACUGAUCCCCUACACUCCUUCCCUCAUGUCCCCUCUCCCAAAGGCUAUGCACACACUUCUGCUUUGCAACACUUUGGACUCUAAGGUCCCUGCAGGGUCAUGUAUACAGGCGUAGUAUCUGCUAUCCUCCCCUCCUGCGCAAGUGUGCCCUUGACUUAAGAGUGCAAGUGCACUCUUGCUAUGUAGAAAGCAUGAAUUUUCAGGGCUCAAGCCCUAAGAAACUCUUUCAGCACAAUAAAAGCAAGAGUGUUCUUGCAGAGCGUGUUUGAGCACUUACUAUACCUGUUGCAUCUCCUGAUCGCGAGCAGGUUGGGGGCGACUCUUGAUUAUGGUUUACACACUUGCUUAUACUUGUUCCAGCCAUUGUUUGUUGACGGCAAUGACCCAUUUCCAACUAUAAUCAGCGAAGCACAAGAUAAAGAAAAAAAUUUGAGAUCAUUUGGUCUCAGCUCUGUGCCUAAAAUUCAUAAAUAACCUUAUCACGUUCCCAGUGUCUUUGUUUAAUCCGUUCUUUUUACAUUUUGCCUUAUUUCUUUCCAAUACCUCCCACCCUCUUUGAGAUGAGACGAAAGCGGUGAUCAUUGCACCAGUGGCUUGAGCCUAUAAUUCCAAGCCUUAUGUUUGUGUAUACACUUUUUUUUUUUCUUUUUUUUUUUUUUUUACUCAACAGUGUAACAGCAAAAUCUUCGAUCAGUUAUGUCAUCUUGAGAUAUCUUUGUUUCUACUACUUGAUCUUUGGUUGGGGUCAUGUUUUGUAAAAACAAUCAAGCUCUUUGUUUAGUGAACCAUAGUUCUCUGACUAAUAAAGCAGGCUUGUGGGUUUCCCUCAGAAACAUAAGCAAAUGCAAGCCUCAGUUUGCUCAUCUGCUUAACUUACUGCCUUAUACGAAUAAUUGAAUAAAUAAAUUGAAAUGGGUACUUUAAACUUGAAACAUUUAAAGCUUUAAAUACAUUAAAGAAAUCACUGAAAAUAUACCCCUGCUAUGACUUUUUUGUCACCUUUUUCACCUCAUGAGUUUGCAUCCCUGAUUUGAAUGCGACAGGUUAAUGCAAGAAUGGUUUUACGAACAAUUUACACACGUGUUGGAAUGGUAAUUCAUAGAAAUUAUUAAAAAGUUGUUUCACGAAUGAUGAAUGAGUUUAUGAAAGGUUAAUCAUUCGUUAAGUCAUUCUUAUGAAUAUUGUCACAUUUAAUUGAAUUUAAUGAUCAAUUUAUACAGAAAUUUGUGUGAGUGGUAAUUCUUAAGAAUUUAUGCAAGAAUAGUUUUACGAAUGUUGGGUUUGUUUCUUGAAAAGUGAGCAGAACAAAUUUGUGUAAACCAUUUAUAGAUCCAUUUAUACUCCAAUUGUCCCAUUAAAUUAAAUGCAGCAAUGUACAUAAGAAUGGUUUUACGACCGAUUUACACAAAUUAUUUUUAUGUAUUUUUUGUAAAAGACCAAAUGAAUGGGUUUACUAAUGGAAAAUCGUUCACAAGCAUUUUGUCACAUUGAAAGCGACAAAAAAUGUAAUAAUAAUGUUAUAAACAAUUUACCAAGAAAAUUAUUCUGAUCUUUUUUCAUGAAUGAGGCACAGGGAUUGUCUCUUGCCAUAACAUUAUUGUUCAGAUAGACUUUUUACAUAAACAUUUUCGCUUCGUUAUCUUUUUUUAUUUUUUAUUGUGUAAGCUGAGAAAAUGCGAAGCUGUGCAUAGACUUCAUUUCUUUAAUUUGUCGAAUCUAUUCGUUCUUCAGUGGAGUCUGAGUCCAUAUCAGAAGAGGGUGUUUCUCACCCCCCCCCCCCCCAUCUCUUGAUAACUGUUCAGAGCACUGUAAUUAAAUGUUGUCUGCAACUAAGUAUUUUCCAUGUUUGAAAUAAAUAGGAAGUGGUUGACAAAAUACACUGUAUACUUCAAUGUUCAUAUAAGCGUCCAAUCACAAUAAAUGUGUGUUAUUUUUACAGUUCUGAUUAUACUUAAAGUUAAAUGUUUGUCAUGCCUUACUCUUUGUACAGCUUAAUAUACUGGAAAACGCUAGCUGAUGGAUAUUGUAACUAACUGUGUGGAUUAUAAAUGAAUUAUUCUGUAUUUUCUAUUAAUGGUCUAAAGAACUUGUGAAAGGGAUCCUUGCCUUGAUUUUACUGCUUCAGACAGGAUCCAUAUUUUUAUGUGGGAAUUUGAGUGAAAUAGACAUUAUAAAAGAUUAGUCUAUGUAUUCACUGUUCAUGGUCUCCUAACAAGAACUAUAUAAUAGGGUCAACUUAAAAGGAAAAUAAGUUAAAUCUAUUCCUUUUUUUUGUAUUUCUUUUUGAUGGGAAAAAUUAGGCAUCAUGUGUAAACAUUUUCAUUGUCUCAUUUCCAAUAACAUGUUUUCCUCCCUGAUCACUAAAAAUGUGAGAAAGUCAGGACUUGGAGCAAAUGUAGUUUGUUCCCCUACUUCCUGUUGUGCCUUUAUAAAUUUGUUUUUCUGUGGGGUAUCAUUUAAGAAAAUAAGUGAACUGUAUCCCCCACAUUGUCAUGUCAGACUGUGGUUUGUGGGAAAAUUGUAAAUGCCAAAUUAAAAUGUCAGUGGGGUGUGAAAAAAAAUAAAAUGAUAAAAAUCAA